AUGCAGAGGGAGAGUGAGGUGCCAGCGGGUGCUCCGAAUGGUGGGGAGGGUGUGGGUGGCUCGGGGUCGCGGGGGUGGGGGGGCGGGGUCUUGGUGGGGUGGCGGCGGGGGGGGCAGGUGGGGUGGGGGGGAGGGGGGGGGAAGCCGUUGGGGGGGGGGGAGUGGGGGGGGGGGGGGUGGGGGGGUGGGGGGCGGGGGUGGGGGCGGGCGGGGGGGGCACGGGAGCGAAGUUGUGGGGGUUGUGGGUUGUGUGGUGUGGGGGGAGGUGUGGGGGGGGGUGUGUGGUCUGUUGGGGGGCGGGAUGUGGGGUGGGUUGUGGGUUGGGAGGUGGGGGGGGUUUGGGUGAGGGUGGUGGUGGUUGGGGGUGGGGUGUGGGGGUUUGGGGGGGGGGGGGGGGGUGGGUGGGGGGUGGGGGGGGGGGGGGGGGGGCGGGGGGCGGGGUGUUGUGUUUUAAUUGUUUGGUGGUGGGUGGGGGGGGGGGUGGGGGGGUUGUCGGGUUAUUUACAUCCUGGCGGGGGGGGGAUUCGGUGGUCAGGGUGUGUGGUUUGUUUUUAA